AUGGGAGGGUGGAGAGAAGGUAUUUGGUAUUGGAGUAAUCUUGGUAUUUCGGUUGAUUUUUUGGAGAAUGGAGGUACAAGGGAGUUAUUUUGUGCGUUAAAGGAGCGGUUGGAAGGUUUUGAGGGUUGGAAGGAGGGAAAGGAUGUUGUAACGUGGCAAGAUAAUUUGAGUCCGACUUUUUCGGUGGCAUCUUGUUACAAUUUUUAUGAAAAUUUUUGCAUUCCGUUAGGCCCGAAUAACAAGUGCGAUGAAGCUUUUGGUUUGCUUUGGAAAAUGGAUGUCCCACUCAAAAUCAAAGCUUUCGGUUGGAGACUUUUUCUCAACAAACUUACAACAAAGGACCUUUUGGUGAAUAGAGGUAUAUCCCUUUCUCAUGAUGAUUUAUUGUGUAUUUUGUAUGGGAGUUGUAUGGAGGAUAGAAACCACUUCUUUUUUAGUUGUUCGGUGGUGAAAAGGAUUUGGAGGGAGAUGGCUAUUUGGGUGGGCAAGAAGGAAAAUAGGGAGGAAGGUUGUUUAGCUAAUUUCAUGGAAUGGCACUCUUAUUUUGAAGGCAACAAAGUGAGACAUAGGAAGGAGGGGAUUGUGUGGCUUGCGACAACUGAAGGAUAG